AUGGACAUUGUUGAAAAAGUUGGACUUGCACCAAAUAUGAAUAAACUCUGGGAAUUGAUGAUUAAUAAUACUAUUGAUAUAAAAGAGAAAGAACAACUCUUUUCUAUUUAUCAUGACUUUUAUCCACCAAUUCCUGAUAAACAAUCUCCAACAAAACAAUUAAUGCGAUUUAAUGAAAUUCAGAUACAAACAAUCUUUUAUCAAGAACUUAAACACGGCAAAAAGUUAUUAAUACAAAAAAGAACUAAAGGACAAUCCCAAAAUAGUCCUUUCGUAAAGACUUAUAUUGAUCUCUUGGAAACAGAAUAUAAAAGACUUAAACAAAACAUUUUCUCUGAUAUUUGUCCUAUCACAUUUGGUUCUUUCUUCUAUUUCAUAGAGAAAGUUGUUUCAUUACUGGUUAAAAUGUUCCCAUUUAAGUUCGACCUUAUUUAUAAAUGGCUAAGACGUGAAGGUAAAAGUAUUCUUAAAUUAUCUAGUUUCCUUAAUUCACAGAAACAAAACACAGAACUACAACAAUUUAGUAUUCAACAACUCUUUAUUAAAAGAAGCAUUAGAUUCCAAAUGAACCUUCAUUUAGCAUUAGUACAAAAUAAUGACCUAAAUGUAUUAGAUGUAGAUGGUAAGUUAUGGUCAUUAUAUUUCAAAAUUAAACUACUUACUUCAGACCAACCAACAAAAGCUAAUAUGUUAAAGAAAAUUGAACAAUUAAAGGAAAAAUUACAUGUUCAGUAUCUUCCUAUUUCAUUGCAAUUAAUCAAAAUGCGAUUAUAUUUAACAAUAAACUAUAACACAGAAUUUAACAUCGUUGAUUUAGAUAAUUUAUUUAAUCAAUUUUAUGACUCUUAUGAUACUAAAUUAUUAAGUGAAUUUGAAGAUAUAUGUUCUCUUUAUAUUAAUAAUUAUUCAGUGAGAAGAAAGUCUAACGAAAUUAUUGGAAUUUAUGAUGGUUUACUUGACUUUCCUGGUGAAAAAAAGAAGUGGUUACUUUGGAAAGAGUAUAUAGAUACAAUGCUUAAAUUAAAUCGUAUUGAUGUUAUUCCUUCUCUUUAUCAAAGAGCUAUUCCGUUUUUGUCUUUAACUGAAGUAAAUAUUGCUUGGAAAACAUUCUAUGACCUUAUGAAACCUCAAGUUUCAUUCGAACAGUUUAAAGAUGAGCAAACACGUUUGUUAGUUACUUCACGAAAAAAAUCAUUUAUUUCUCCACAACUUAUUUCUAAACAACCAUCCCCACCUGUUCAGCCUUUAAGACAACAGUGCCAUCCCUCUUUCCAACAACAUUCUUCUCAAUAUCCUCAACAAUUCUCUGUUCCUCAAAAUAUGUAUCAAGUCCCAAUGGGUUAUCAGUCAAUUUCUCAACAACCUUCUUAUAUCAAUCAAAUACAACAACCUAUGCCUAUCCCCCAAAAACCAAUUGGAUAUUUACCACCUUCAUAUCCACAACAGUUUUAA